GGCGGUGGUGGUGACUACUACGGCGGCGGCCAAGGCGGCUACGGUGGUCAAUCUGCUGGCGCUGCUCCGGGUGCCGCUCCCUGGCAUCAACCUCCCGGAACUCAGAACGGUUACGGCGGCUAUGGUGGCUACUCGGGAUACGGCGCUCCUCCCGGCAUGGCUGCGCCCCCAUCUGGCGUUCCUCCUCCGCCUCCUGGUGCUCCUGGUCUUGGAGCUCCUCCAGGUCUGGCCGGUGGCCUCAACGCACUCAUUCAGCAGUAUGCUGGAGGUGCCCCUCCCCCACCUCCUUCCGACAAUGCUCCUCCUCCGCCUCCCAGCGACCAACCUCCCCCACCUCCCCCUGGUGCCUGAAGUGGCUUUUGGGAGCUAGGAGGAAGAUCAGACGACUAACAUGGGUCCUAACAUCGUAUCUGCACAACGACCACGUUGACAACUAACGCUCAACUAACAACCAAGGAUUCAUACCAUGACUUCCAGGGUUGGACAAGUGUUCGCACCUACGCAUCAACGUGUUCAUUUCGCCUGACUGUCUGAAAACCCCAGUGCGGGCAGCAAGCACUUAAUGCAAAAAGCAGAAUCAACAAAACAGCGGACACAAGAAAGCAAAUUGUACGAUAGCGAUAGAAGGGGCAUUCUUUAGUGGGCACUAAUCCAUAGGCUUUUCUUUAUGCAUUUGUGCGUUCCUUUCAUAGCAAAAAGAUGAAGUUCAUCCCAAUCUAGGAAAUCUAGUCUGUCCACGUGAAGAAGUUGUUUGUGACAUCCGACACUCCAAAGCUCAAAGCGCUGUCUCGGAGUCGGAUCCGAGUGCUGUAGAGGC